AUGCCGUCCUCAUCCAGGAGGCAGAGUAGACAAUCGCAACCGCUUGCAGGAAGAGCCAUAAAUCACCUCUUGGAGGCCCUCUUGCCCGGUGGCGGCGGCAUUACCUGCGUUGAAUUCUUCGCCUACAUCGCACCCUACCUCAUUCAGAUGGCUGCAGAGACCUUCUACAAGCAGUGUGUAUCGACUAUCGAAAUUCAAGGAAAUGACGAGAUCUUUACCUAUCUUAUGAACUGGGUUGCUCAGAAUAAUAAGCUCUCCCGCCAUAAUCAUCGCCUUCUUGCAUCCAGCAGCACUAGCAACGAACUCUCUCGCGCCAUGCGCGGUCUUCCCAGAAGCAACGAAGAUAACGAAGAAGAAGAUUCAAGUGAUGAUAUCGACUCUUCGGCCAGUCCGGAUGUUCUCCGUUCCAAGAUCUCACUGUACAAUGCGCAACCUCUGCGCUGGACCCCGGCUAUCGGGACACACUGGUUCUGGUACGAGAACCGUCCCAUUUCAUUCAUGAGAACUUCUACCGGCGAUUCACCCAUGCCUUUUGGUAUAAGUUCUGGGACCAUCAUUCUCUCUUGCCUAGGUAGAAACCCCGACAUACUCAAGCGCAUCAUCUACAACGCCCACAUCGAGUACCUGGAGAAACAACGUGGCCGGACAAGCAUCUUCCGCCCUGUGAAGUCUCAUGGACAGCACUGCUGGGCCAAAUCUAUGUCCAAGCCCACCCGUCCUAUGUCGACCAUCGCCCUUGAGGAGCACAUCAAACAGGGUCUUGUUAAGGAUCUCGCUCGCUAUCUGAACCCGCGCACCAAGAAGUGGUAUGCUACGCGAGGCAUUCCUUAUCGACGUGGCUAUCUCUUUUCUGGCCCGCCCGGUACUGGUAAGACAAGCUUGGCGCUCGCAGCUGCUGGACUCAUGGGUCUCAACAUCUACAUGAUCAGUCUAUCGUCUCCCAAUCUAUCAGAGGACACUCUUGCAAGCUUGUUCCAGGCUCUGCCUCGGACCUGCCUUGUCCUCCUUGAGGAUAUCGAUGCAGCAGGUGUUGUAGCCAAGAGAGUAAAAGAGAAGAAGCCCAAGGCUGAAUCCACUGGAAAAUCAGGGCUUGGCUACCUUCCAACUUCGAGAGAACCAAUCACGCUAUCAAUCUUGCUAAAUGUUCUCGAUGGCGUGGCCGCGCAGGAGGGUCGCGUGCUGGUCAUGACAUCCAACCACACCGAUAACAUCGACCCUGCUCUUCUACGGCCCGGACGAGUCGACUAUACCAUCGAGUUUGGACUCGCAUCCUUCGAGACCAUUAAGCAGAUAUUCCAAUUGAUGUACGGGACACCAUACGCCGAAAGUGGCGUGGAACUCGUCUCCGAGAAGAUUGAUGCGCUUUCUAUUGAGUUUGCUCAGGUUAUCCCAGAGCACACAUUUACUCCCGCGGCACUUCAAGGUUAUCUUCUAACACACCAGGAUGGCCCUAUUAAAGCUUUAGCUGAUGCUGGGGCGUGGGUUGAAGAGCAGAAGCGUCUCAAGGAAAGGGCUGAGGAGAAUGAGAAGACAGAGGGCAUGGAUGAGUCCGAGACAGACGCCAAUGAGAAGGCAGACUAUAAGGAAAAGUCAGAAGCAAAAGUCAAGCUGAAUGGAGGCAAGCCUAACGGAGUGGCUACUGAUAUCGCGAAUGGUGUGUAA